AUUACAAGACCCGCCCAGGAUGCACAGUGCAGGUCCGGUUGUGUGUGGCUGUAUAAAGAGGCACACCAUACAUUACCGCCAUCGCCAACCUAAUACUGACAUCAACAGCAUGAAGACAGCAGUGUUAUUUGGGCUCAUCCUCGUGGUUCUAGCUACCCUGACUCCGAGCCAAGCAACAUGGGGCCGGCGAAAAAUAGGGAGACGAACACAACUUCGAAGAUGUUAUCAACUGUUCAGUCGGAGAACUGCAAGUGAAGGUCAAUAUCACGUCUCCGGGUUUGUCCAGCCGGGAUACCAGGCGGUGUAUAACCUACUGCGGGGAUCACGGCGACUGGUCCUGAAUCACGGAAUACCCUCGGUACGACAUCACUACGGCUUCCGGGUUGCAACGCCAAACUGGUUAUACACGAAGAGACAACGGCAGAUAUGUUGCCGCUUAUGUCCACGACUACCAGGAUGCUCGGCAACGCAUACUGCCUCAUCUACACGUGCGACUGCAGCUCCAACGACCACAGUCACCACAACACCUACAACUACGCCACGGACUACAUCCACACGCGCGACUGAACCAACGAUAACCACAAAACGAACCACAGCUUCAACUACAACAGCCACGACAUCCACUACAUCGUCCACUACAACUACAACCACAACUACUACACCUACUACUACCAUCUUCACUCUGCCAAGUAGGGCUCCUGCAUAGAAAUCACACACAACCUCUAAAGUUAUCGUCCCUGCCCUACGUUUGUCACAUCGUCAUCAAUAUGCGCGUCCAAACAAAGUAAUGGCAGGCCACUUCUCUGUUUUUCAUUUCACAAAGUCAUUACGACGCUUUGCUGUAGUUAGAUAUAAAUGUAAACGGAAAUAAGGGCAUGUACCACAUUACAAUUGGCUUCUAACUCAGAAUUGUAUAUUCCAGCGAACAAGGACCGACUAUUUGAUAUUCUGAGGGGUUGGCGUAUGGAUUUUUGUAUUGAGACAAGAUAUUUUUUAAUUGUAAUUAAGUCUAUGAGCCUAAAUAGUAAAAAUAAUAACGCGCCUGGCAACAAUGUAACUUUUGUUGCAGAUAAUUGCUUUUAUAUUUUUCCAACAUUUUCUGUUACAAUUUAAUUAUUUUUUUUAUAAAAUCUCCAGGCUCUAAUUGUUAUAAAGUCUUUCUCUGGAGUGAUAGGUGCAAUGUUUUUAUCAGAAAUCGAGCCUCUAAAGUGCUUAAUUCACGCUGAUUAUCAACUAUUUGACAUUCUAACUAGUCAGCCUAUAGUGUAAUAGUCGUGAAUUAACAUGAAUUGUUAUCAGCAGAUUGGGGUUUGUUUCUGCAAAGCAAGAGCUUAGAGAUUAUUAUUAAUCAUUACUGUUAUAAUAUUGUGCUUGGAAUUGGUUUGUGAUGUGAAUACAUUUUGCUUAAUUUCUAA